AUGGCCUACCAGUUUUUCGCAAAGUCGCAGGCGCAGCAUCCCCGGACAACGGCCGCCUCCCCACCCCGUUCCCCUCCUUCGGGGUCUUCUUCCAACCGGCCUCCCAUCCACCCUCCUCCUCUGGUCCUACCGCAGUCUGCAGCCUCCUCGUCUCCUUCAAAUAAACCGCCUGCCUUGGCAGACCCAAAUUUCCAGCCGACGCCAUACCCCGAGUCGAAUCCCCCCAGCUAUCCUACUCCGCAUCCGCACAUCACCAUCGACCCUGUCCGCACGGCUCAUAUCCCCUCCCUCAGUCGCAUAACGGGCCUGCUUCUUCCCAUCCGCUAUCCUAGCUCCUUCUACACGGCUUGCAUAACAGAUCCGGUUAUUGCUUCUAUCUCGCGUGUCGCAGUGUACCAUGACCAUCCGGUGACUACAGCACCCGAGCCGGGCUCUGUCGAGCCCACAUUUGGAGGACGUGCAAGGUCAGGGUCAGCAGGAGGUGUGGGCACAGACAAGGUCAUCGGGGGCAUCAGAUGUCGGCUGGAACGACUCCCUGCGGAGAGUGUCAAGUCAGAGGAUACGACGAAAGAGAAGAACCCGCCCACGAACCUCUACAUACAGACCCUGCAUCUCCUUUCUCCACACCGCGGAAACGGUGUGGCCGCUUCUCUUCUCAAUUCACUUCUGUACUCCAGCCCUCCAAAACGAUCUUCUGCUUCUGACCCAUAUCGUGUCUCUCCCCUCGUGAGACACUACAACAUCCGCACCGUCACUGCCCACGUGCACGAGACGAACGACGAAGGGCUGAGAUGGUAUGUCGCGCGUGGAUUUCGCAUCGAGGAGGGUGUUGUGCAGGGAUAUUACCGACGACUCAACCCUGGCGGGGCCAGGAUUGUCAGAAUGGACCUGCAUUGGGAUGAUGAUGACGAAGAGCAGCAGCAGCAGCAGCCGCCUGAGACUGGAAAGACAGAGAGUGAGACGAAAGAUCAGGAGAAUGAUGAUGAUGACGAUGACGACUGGGAGAAAGUGGAAGCAGAAGAUGACGACCCAGACGAGCAUGGCGUCGAGCACCUCGCUGACAGUCGUACGUUCGACAGCAGCGACGAAGGACCUGCAGCAACAUCAUCAACAACAGCUACUAAACGGAAACGCGAGGCAGACGAGGAGUUGCAGUCGUGA